AUGCCUUCUGAACCUGAUCAUAACUUGGCACAAAGAAGCAUUCCGGACUUACAGCUGCGGGGGCAGGAGAUUUCCCAGGCUGUUCUGCUGGCGCUUCUGGCGCAGUUGCCCAAUGAGUCACAGCGAGCUGCCCUGAGGAGAAGUGCGAGUGUGGGGGGAGAGGACCAGAAUUAUGGCCGUGCUGGUAUGAUUGGUGAUUCAGAUGAUGCAUCUGCGGGAGAGCAGCAUAAGCUGGGCCCUUCUAUUGGUUAUCUUAUGGGUUAUCGUCUGGUUGAUCCCUCACAUAUGCACGAGGAGUCACAGGAAGCUGCCCUGAGGAGAGGUGCACGUGUGGGGGGAGGGGACUGUAGGGAUGGCCGUGCCGGUGUGUCUGCUGCGGCUGCUACGAGUGAUGCUGGUAUGGAUGGUAUGGGUGGUGUGGGUGGCAUGGAUGGUCGGGAUGGUGGGGAUUGGGUGGAUGGUGGGGAUGGUGGGGAUGGUGUGGCUGGUACACAUGCUAUGGAGGCUCGUGUUGGCAUGGCUGGUCGUUCUGCUAUGGCUGCUGUGGUAGGUGCAGGUGGCUCUGGGCGAGUGAGCACGGGAGCUAAUGUGGGAAGCGGUAGUGUGGGGAGCGGUGGAGUGGGAAGCGGUGGUGUUGGGAGUGGUGGAGUGGGGAGCGGAGGUGUGGGGAGUGGAGGCGUGGGCAGCGGUGGUGUGCAAAGGGAUCGAGUGGCGAUCAACUUAAAGUGGGGCAGGAGUGUCACUAAUGGGAGUGACAGCAUUGAAUGGCGGGAUGCUGUUCUUGAGGGUAGAGCCCUUGAGGGUGGAGCUUCGGCGGGUGCAGCUUCGGGGAGUGCAGCUUCGGGAAUUGGAGCUUCGGGGAGUGGAUUCCUGGGAGGUGGAGCUGUAGAUGGGGGGCCUUUGCAGUCCGGCGCUGCUGCUGGCGCAGGCAGCAGCCCUCACGGAUGGCACACGGCCCCGUCCGGGCCGUCCCCCAGGAAACGCCCCAGGGAUGUUGCAGGCAUGUCGGACGACUGGCUAGGUGCGGUUCCCUUGGGGGGGAGUGCCACAGGGUUUGUUCCCACUGCUCGUGCUGCCACAGUGAAGCAGGAGGGGGCGGUGGCAGGGGCAGGGCUAUGGGAGAGUGGAUCAAGCCAGCAGCACCCGGCGCCUGCACCGCUGUCCCCCUUAAUUCCAUCUGCACACCCUGCUGGUGGUGGUGCAGCGGAAGGGAAACAGGAGCAGGAGGAGGCAGCAGCAGGGCUAAGAGAGAGUGGACUGAUCCAGCAGCACCAGGCACAAGCGCCACUGCCCUCCUUGCUUCGUCCACAGGCACAGGCACAGGCACAGGCACAGGUUCAAUUGACAGGCCCUAGCAGUGCUGGCACUCGUGCGGGUGCAGAAAUGCAGCAGGAGCAGGGGGGUUCAGGGGAAAGCCCACGGGGCAUUGGAAAUUUCCAGCAGCAGCAGCAGCAGCAGCAGCAGCAGAAGCCGAUGUCGCCCCCAACCAUUGAGAGCGGGAGAGGUCAGUGGAACCCAGUGGCGCUCUUGUCCCCUGAGAGUGCUAAGAGUCACCACUGGCAGCAACAACUUUCUUUUUCCCCUAAGAGUGGGAAUUAUUACCAGCAGCACCAGCCGUCACGUUCUCCUGAAAGUGAGUGUGAAAAGGGCUUCCGGUACCAGCCGUCGUUCUCGCCUGACUUGAGCUCUUUCCAGCGCAUCUCCCUCGUCAGCCCGCCUCGCUCCUCCGCCAUUCCCCCUCCCCCCUCCAGUUCUCCCCCUUCCAACACUCCUCACCCGAACGUGCUACCCCCUUCCACCAUGCCUCCCACUUCCGCCAUGUCUCCCCCUUCCACCAUGCCUCCUGGCUCCCUUGUGCCUCCUCCCUCUGACGUCCCUCCUCUGUCUGACAUCCCACCUGCCCCCAACAUCCUUGCAGCCAAUAGCACAAGCUCUCCUUUGCUAGAGCCUCCGCAUUUCCAGCCCCCACCAACUCUUCCUCCUUCUCUUCCUCAUCCUCCUCCUCUUCGUCACAGUUCCCCUUCACAUAUUUUCACACCAGUCCAUUGGCCCCCUUUCACCCCUCAUCGCCCUUCUAAUUUCAAUGUAAAGCAAGAACCAGUACGGGAUGUGCUUAUAAUGGGGACAGAUGCAGUACCAGUGAGUCUGAAAGAAGGAAACCAUUUGGGGGUUCGUUCUUUAGGGGGCGCUAUGUCAGAGGCUUCUGUUGCUGGCGCCAGAAGCAAAAACGCGGGCACAGAAGCAGCGCCAGCAGGCGCAGCAAGUGCUGCAGGAGCAGCAGGAGAAGAAUGGAAGAACACAGGAGCCGCUGCAGGAGGUCCAGGGGCACUUGCAAGAGCAGCAGCAGAUUCAGCAGCAGUAGCUGUGGGACGAAACGCAGAAGCAGGGGUGGGUGACACAGCCAAGGAAGGGCGUUCUCCACUCCAAGACUACAGGUUGUCGGACUUUAGCGAGUCUCACUCUACAUCGGUGCUGCUUUGGGGCGUGGAUCUCAGCCGUGAUACCUAA